AUGAAUUCGAAAAUAUUCUUUGUAAUUUAUGGAGUCGUGUAUUUGGCGCAAGAAGUGACAAUGGAGUUAGAUACGUCCAUGGAAUACAAUAAUAUAGUUAGACAGGUCAACAUGCAAAAUGAUAUCAUCAAUAAUCUACAAAGACGUUUGGAUAAAUUGUUGGAAGAGCAAAAUAUGAAGGAUGAAAUAGUAUUUCGCAAUAAAAAUCAAGGAAAAGCCAAUUGCAAAUGCAAACCGGGACCAAGAGGAGUGCCAGGACCUGUUGGGCCACAAGGUGAACCUGGACCACAAGGACCACCAGGAGCAUCAGCGACAUUGGGCGAUGAUGACACAUGCUUCGUAAUAGUGGGAAAAUGUCCAGCAGGACUCGCAUCGAAUACUGAUUACGAAAAAAUGUUACAACCGCUAUCAAUGAUGCCGCUUCAUGUGUGCUGCAAAAGCGUGAUAUGA